CAUGUAGUCUGCUACAUGGACCCCCAUCCUCCUUCUCCUCCUCCUCCCCAGGCAGACGUAGAGAAUUCCUUCAACCUUCGUGCCUCAGGAUAUCCGUGUCUGAAGUCCGAGCAAAGAAUCUUUCUCAAGCUUCCGAAUGUCUGGCCGCCAGAAUCUGCGCAAGGACCCAUCUAGCAGAGCGAAUUACAAGUUUGCGAGUGCCACAGACCUCAAACGCGCUUUAGGUUCCAAUGACGAACAUGCAUUAGUGGAAGGCCUCACCGCUCUGCGGAAUCAGUUGACCAUCAAGCAUGACGAGCCGCCUCUCAGCGUGGGCGAUGAGCGCCUCCUACUAGCUAAGGCAUGGUUGGAGAGCUCGACUGGUGCGGAAGAGUUGUUUACUAUAUGGGAGGCCGCAACGUCGCGACAAACAUCGGUCUUGACACCUCUCGUCGGCGCUUGUCUGCCCUGCUCACACUACUAUCCCCACAUUAUUUGUAUCAUACACUCGCACAAUCAAUCAUCAGCAAUCUCUUCCUUCCGCAAUGGGCACAUCGUCUGAACACUUACCUCGGCGGCACCCACAACGAGCUCACAUUGGUAACGCUCAAACUGUUCUAUGCACUGUCAUGUUUCGCAAAUGGGCGCGAGCGCAAAUCACUUUUCGAUGUCUUCGCCUGGGAGUCCAAGUCGCUGCCCAAAAUGUUGCACAUGCGACGAAAAGGUCGCACCGACGAGGGUUUCGACAUUCUCUCAAGGCCAGACAUUCGCACGUUCUUUGUGCUCUUCCUCCUCUCCUUUGUGGACGCGGAGACGCAGGCUUCCGUCAAAUCUGCUUUCCUGGAACAGCGUCGCGACAUAUUCUCCUCAAUAUUUCGCGGGCUGUGGCAGGAUCCGUACUCUGUUAUCCGGCGCGUGCUGGAAAUCUGCUGGAUGGGCAUAUGGUCCGAUCCAAAAGUGAAACGGACACUCAAAGUGCAUGUCUUCAACGAGACGGUGCUGACCCAGUUAGCGAGAAUAUACGAUCGUAACUCCUCUGAGGAUGGCGUCACAGACCACGUCCCUGCCGAUGUCGCGCACCAUUUCCUGCUCGCCAUUUGCACGCGUCCAGGGGUUGGGAUUUGCUUCAAGGACAGAGGCUGGUACCCUCGCGAUGUCAACGCUGAAGACAGUGUAGGUCUCGCCGCCGUCGACGACGCGGAGGACUUUGGCUCGAAGAAGCCUAGCAAAAUCAACAAUAAAAUCCUGGCCAACGUUCUAAAGACCCUGAAGGUCAACGAAGACCCACGCCAACAGGAGCUUGCACUCAAGGUCAUCGCUGCCUGCCCCGAACUCGUUGCUGGGUACGUCCGACCCGCGCUCCCAACCCCGCCUCUCUCCAAAUGGAUCGCCAACAUCGCGUUCUUCGGCCUCGUCAUCUCCCUCCCCCACCUCCACCCCGCAAUACAACCCUGUCCCCCCGCCGCUCUCCGCCAUCACCGAGAACAUCCUGCCGCAGUCAACAUCAAGGCCCACCUCUCGCGCGGGCUCCAGGCACCCUCCCCCCUCGUGCGCCAUUGCACGGCGCUCGCGCUCGCGAAGUGCAUGCUCAAGUACGACGCCGUCUUGUGCGCGUUCCACGAGGUCGAGCGGGCACUCGAGGAGGACGCGGACGGGCAGUGGGCGCGCCGGCGGGGCGAGGUGGAAAGGGAGAUCCGAAAGCGCGUGCCUGACUUCCAGGUCGUCCUUGGCUUCGCGCAGAAGUCGACCGAGGCCGCGAGCACACUUGCAAGCAGUGGGGUGGAUGCGGAGGGCGACAUGGACAUGGAGCAGAAGACGCCUGCGGCAAACCCCGUGCGGAGCGCCCUCCUCGCGGAGAGCGCACAGAGGCUGCUGUGGCUCUACCACCGGUGCAUGCCUGCGCUGGUGGCGGAGGCGCGGUUUGAUGUUGGCAAGCUCCUCCUGAGCUUGCAAAAUGUAGUCGAUCGUCCGAUCGCCAGCACGCCCACAUCAGCACGGACGGACGGUCUUGACGUCCUUCGCCAGCUCCACGUGCUCAGACUACUCAGCGAGAGCGAUCAGUUCAACUGGUCCGGCAAGGCUGGCGGGUCGCACAGUAAUCUCUACGUCCUCCUCAAGAUGUACGCCACCACUGGAAGUCCGGCCAUCCGCACUGCCACUGCGACCAUCCUCCGCCAGUCCCUCUCUACGAGCCUGCUGUUCCAGCACGACUCAGACGAGCUCGUGCUCUGGCUGAGAUCUCUACCCAUCACAGUCCGCCCGACCAGCGCACAAGCUCCGGACGGGGCGCCGCUGUCAGACGAGAGGGACGCGGUGAUCGCGUUCUUGGACGACUGCGCCCAGCAUUGCGCGAAGACGCCGUAUCGCUACCUGGAGGAGCUGCAGUCACUCUGUUUUGACGCUAACGACGAAGACAUCAACAUGGAUGGGGCUAACGGUGUCGUCGGGAGCGUGGACAACGAGAGCCUUCCCAGCCCGCUCCUCAUUACUGUCGCGGAACAUUUCACUGCCAAGCUGAGGGGAAACCACAUAUCCCCGUCAGACGCUCUGGCAAUCGCGACGUUCAUGCGGAAGCUGGUCUAUAGGCUGAUGAGCAAGACGUGCCAGCUGGGCUGCUUGACCAGAUGUAGAGCACUUCGAAUGGCAAGUCUCGCCAAACGACUUGGGGCUGUCGAGCUUGCAGUCGAAAACUGCAAACGACCCAGCAAUAGAGAAACGUUAACCCAAGCGGAAGCAUCGCCCAUUCCGGAACGCGAUAUUGAACGAAGGAUGGCGGCGUUCGAACUGAUCGACUGGUCCCGCUUUGUACAGCGUUCACUACUCGCGACCCAAGUGACCAGAUUAAUCACAGCAGUGGAGAGGCUAUACGAACCUGCCCUGCCUGCGCUACUCGAAGGUCUCAGGCCGGACCUGCACUGUCUCUGGACAUGCAUCGAUGUUCCUGUCCGCUUCUCCGACUUGCAAGAAGAGUUGUCGUUCGAAGUGCUAUUCGCACAUUGCGGGGCCGUAUACAUGCAAGACUCGGCCGUUCGCGAGACCCUGACUGCAUCUUUGGUCUCGAAGACUUCAACGCUGCUGGAUAUCACAAGAGGCGUGGUCCUGAUCAACCACCGGCUCCGUACGCACCUUCGCAAGAAGGAAGAGAGAUAUGCCAGGGAUGUCCUAUUACUGUUGACGCAUCUCGCGCAAAAUUCCACGCAACUGGUAGAGCGCCUGUUUGAGACGGACUCCGUGAAACAGCUGUGCGAGAAACCGUUGUCAGUCAUGCUGCGUGAAGGGCUGUCGUCUCUCCUGGAGUGCUCAUUUCCCUCAGCCAGUGCCGCGGGCCGCCAUCACAUCGCCUCUGGUUUCGGUCGUUUCUGGUCACUCAGAGCAAGCGUGGAGAACUUGAGCGAUGACGAGAUCGAAACGACAAGAUUGUGGAUUCCGUAUGCAGACCCGAGCGAUCUUGUCGCUCUGCUUGAUCACUUCGCCGAUAAAGGUUCACUAGCAGCCCAACGAGCCGACAUCGUUGAAGAGGCGCUUCGGGCAAUCGCCAGCGGUCUGUCUGCCGUCCAGCCCAAGGCAUCGACAGUUGCCUCCCUACACUUGAUUCUACCGCACUCAACACAGCUGGAACGGAUUCUUGGGUCCUUACUUCACGAUCAGUUACCGCUCUGCUACGAUGGUAUCGCUCCUGGCAUGGGUGAUGCGGACCUUCGCGCGGUAAUCGCCGAGUCGACCAGGCGCUGGUCGAGGUGCACCGUCCAACCUCAGUCGUUCGUAUCCAUCGACGAGGUCCUCAAGUCUCAGCAAUGGUCCGACGCCACGGCAAACAUCGUCGUCAGCCUCGUGUAUCGGCAGCCCUCCGCCCGUGGCGCCGUAUUGAAGUGGCUGCAGGACGAUGUGUCUACUGUGUGCACAACAUACCACCUUGCCCGCGUGUUGUUCGCCUUGGUUGACCGCGGGUUCCUUGCGGCAUCCGCGGGGGAGGACGUAGCCCAUCUCGUCCAGCAUCACCGUAAAGUGAACACAGAACACACCGGACGACUGUGCACCAUGUACAUCAAAACAGCGUGCGCGCUGAUCGAGCAGGUGGGGCCAAUACGUGGGCAGUUGUUAGCCGUUCUCCAACGGGAAUGCGAGAAGCAGAGCUCGAACUCUGUAUCGUUCCACUUGACACGAGUCUUAGCGAUUUUGUCUCCACGCAUGAAGACGGACGUGGCAGACAUCGCGGAAGAGCUGAUGGCAAAGGCACUUCCUUGGGCUGUGCAGCUGCUCUCUAGUGGAGAAGCCCUCACUUCCGCAGAGACCGAGGUAUUAGCUGACUUGGGCAUCAUUGCAAAGGCCGUGUCGCCUAGAAGCCACUUGGUCGAGCCAGUUCUCACAGCGGUGGCACAGCAACGUCUCGGCGACGUCUCCGUAAUACAUUUCGCGGGGAUUCUCGUCCAGGCUACGUCUUUGAAGCCCUUCACAGUCAACAAGUUCCUGCAGAGCAUCGUUCAACACCCUCAACUAUAUGCAUUCUGUGGUCAAGACGCUCGCAUUCGGGAUGCAAUCGCAGAUGUACUAUUUGUUCUGUUCCGCCUCCAUCCCUCCAACGCCUGCCAACCAACGCAUAUUGAGCCCUUGCUACGGCUGUACACCGGAUCUCUCUCCGCGCCUGACACGAAGAUACUAUACAUAUUCCGCCUCUUCGAAUCUACUCGCAAGACGUCUUGCUCGACGCUUCUGAGCCGUUGGUCCUCUCCGCAAUCUGGGUUGUCGUCCACUGCGUUGGAUGCUCUUCUGAGCUUGGACCCGAAUAGAGUACUGAAGACGUGUCUCGACUUCCCGCAGUACCGUCGGAUGCUAGCAAACAUGGAUGAUGGUCAAGCAGCGGUUGACGCGAUUUACGAUCCAGUCUUCAUCUUGUUGCUAUUGUCGCAAACAUUAUCGUCAAGUCCUCCAACCUCAGCGCUGAACUGGGUUCAAUUGUUCAGGACAAAUGUGGUCAGCCUCCUGAUUCGUGCUGUGUCUGCUAAGGACGAGCAGCUGCGCGACGUUGCUCUGGCACAGUUGGCAGCGUUGCACAAGACCCUUCAGGAUGCCGACAUGCAAGAGCAGCCCCACGUGCUAUAUAUACUGAACAUGCUGAAGGACGCUCUCGCCGAAGCUCCCAAGGAGACCGUCCCGCGCUUACCAGCAUUCACUUCAUUAAUCCUUGCACAUGCGCUCCGGGCCAUGUUCUAUCCGUCAAACUUUAUCUAUCCUCUAACUGCACGCUUCCUACUCCAGCGGGAUAAGCUAGACACGAGCGACGUGCCCAUGUUAUUUGGCAUGCUCUACAGCUCGUCCGAUCAAUGGAAGAAGGAGCGAGGCUGGAUCGUCAGGUUCCUGAGCGACGCGAUGGUCGGCUCCGACGAAUGGAGGAUUCUGCAAAGACGACACACAUGGGACCUCCUGGCGAGUCUGUACCAGAGCGAGGAACGAGACCGCGCGUUGAGGCGCGGGAUCCUGGAGGUGCUGGCCAACAUCACUUGCAAUGCACGGGCGACAACUUCGCUCAUUCUCAAGUCAGCGUUGCUGCCUUGGAUUGAGAUGCAAGUCAAGACCAUGGGACACGACGAAGGACUGGCUUGGGCGAAGACAUUGGCGAAUGUUGUAGCAAGCGUGGAUUCUGCGAAGAUAGAAGCCGCGACAAGUGGCGAAUGGCGUCUCGUGUUGGGCAGAUGUAUCCACACUAUCUUGACUAGCUCUGCCUGCACAUCGCUGAUCUUCCCAUACCUGACGGACGUGCUCCUCCGGGUUGCCCUCCUCCCCGGAUCGCCCACGCUAGCGCUCAAUCGCAUAGUCGGGCCUUGCCUUUCUUGGCUAACGAAGAUGGAGGAGGGCUUGAACGUUAAUUCGGCCCCACCGUUGUCUGUUUACAGUCAAGAUCAGCCUAGCAGACAUCUGCCUCCGCAUAGCUCGCACGGAUUGUUCGAUCAUGGCCCUCACGAUGCGGUCCAGGAGUGGGGCGAAUGCGUUGAACGGCUAUGGAGGACAUGCAUGGUACAGGAUGUGAAGUGUGUGGAGUGGGAUGCCUUGACCCAUCGACUAUUGGUGUGGAAUGCUGUCAAGGUCGGUGAGCAGACGGUGGUAGGAGAGUGGGCAAGGCAGGAGGUGGUCCAAAAUUUGGCUUCUGUGUAAUCUCGACUCCUGGGAACGGGUUUUAUCUAGCUGGUAUGCAUGAUGUUGAAUCAGUUAUGCGCAUGCAGUAUGUACAAUUUGAAACCACUGCGAAUUAGCAACCAGG